CUGCACGCGUGGACGGCUGCCACUCUGGCCUCGAGCAUCAGGUGAAGGUUAGCAUCAGAACUGUCUCCUUCACUGUUGUCGUUUCUGUAGUCGUCCGUUCAAUCCAUUCCGUCGCCAUGUCUGUGCAACCUUUGAACGAUCUCUGGGAAGCUGCUGCUGGUCAGCCCUACGAACCCACCAUUGGCAAGGACUCGCAGUUCAGCGUCGGCAUCACUCUGCUGUUCACCGCUCUCAUCCUGUCCGGAUACUUCGGCCUGAAUCCCUCGCUCAAGAACCUUCCCCUGAUUGGUCUUCCUGCUUCUCUUGCUGCUGGUUUCGGUGCUGUCUACAUGAUCUGUGCCGUCGGAGUCUAUGUUUGAGCUCCUGCUUGUCCCAUUGUCCGCCUCCCCUUGUUUUCGCUACUCGAGAUACC